AUGUCGUACGAGGAAAUCCCUCCGGACGUCGUGUCGCCCCAUGACGCGACACAGACAAUCCAGCAGACGCUCAAGUGCAAAGACACAGUGAUAGCAUUGUACGACUUCCCCGGCACCCAGCCAUCCCACCUUCCCUUGGACCUCGGAGACACCGUUUAUGUCCUAGCUAAAAGCGACAGCGGCUGGUGGGACGGCGUGUCAAUUGUCGACGGCGAGAUGCUGCGAGGCUGGUUCCCGCAUAACUACGUUCGACUGGUGAACUUUGUCCAGCCUGUGUUGAAUAAACUAAAGCUGAACAAGGAAAUCGACUCCAUAACGGCUGCCAACACAGCGGCCAACGUGCUAAUACCGUCCUUUACAAGCCUUUUGCAACGGUCGCUAGCGGACCUGGGCAAGAACAGCCCGGCAAGCAAUACAAGGAAGAAUUCGGUGGUGUCUUUUGCCAGUCUGGAAACCAGCAUAUCGGACCAGAGACUGCGGUCGAACCCGGCGCUUUCAAACCAUACUCCUUCGCCUUCUUCGGAAGCCACGGAGGGUGCAUCUCCGGCACCAGCUGCCCACCAGCCCUCGUUCGCCUCCACGAUAUCGUCCCAUUCGGAGGAUAUGCCUGUUGCACAGGAUACCCCAAUCAAGUUUAUAUCCGUGGAGGAGGCCGAGAAAUUGACUCUCGAGGUGAAACAGACAGAGGGUAAGAACAUUGUAUGGAUUGCACGUGGUACCACUACUGGCGAUGUUGCCUUCUAUUCUGAGCAAUUGGAGGUGUACUGCGAAAUGCUACCGUUGGUGCCGCUCAUGCCACAAGCUGACUUCAACGGAGGAAAUUUGCUGCUUCCACCACGCGAAGCGCUUGAUGUCAUCACACCAGUUAAUGUGGUGAAAGACGACAAGGCAGAGGAUGAUCCUCACGACCGGUCGAAUUCGAGUGUCAAGGGCUUCGAUAUGAAGAGAGAUUCCAAUGCAUCUUCAAUGUCCACCACGAGCUCAGCUUCAUCUUAUCAUCACUUUCUGCAACCAUUCUUUGCCACCAGCGGGUUAUUUUACAGCUCAUUUGAUGACAUCAACAAAUGGACGGAGCUCAAGGACCGUUUCAACUACCUUCUCGAUUUGACUCACAAGGCAUUGAAGGAUUCCAAUAAGCAGCUCUUCUCCAUGCACCUCUCACAGCUUACCAAGCUGGUGUCGAUCGUCUUGGCCGGUGCAAGGCUAGUUCACCAUGACUUCGCUGACUCCAAAUAUGAAGGCUCCAUCAGAAGAAAGCUCAAACGUAUCACUAAUGGCUUUUCCCAAUUAUACAUCAAUGGCCUACUACAUCUCAGCGUUAUGCACUAUUCGGUCGCUGCAUCAAAUACAGAGCUCUUCAGUUUAGAUAUCCGCAGCCUCAACCGGUCCACAGGGCCUACCCCACAAGCAUCUACAGUGCUGCCGUCAGAAUCCAUAAGCUCUUCUAUUACGGGCCCCAACACUAGAGGUCUGACUGAUGACCUGGCAUCCCAUGACUCUGUUGAGUCUUAUCUUCUGCAGAUUGACCAUGAGGUCGAUGCCGUGAGGUCCAACAUGAAUGCGCUCAUCAAAAUCUUCCUUCGUCUUAGUAAGGGAAAAAGAGUGACAAUCAAAGAUUAUGAUAGUUCGGAUGCUUCGGAAGACGAGGGAGAGGAUCGCUUCAAUGUGCUUCCACAAGUCUAUCCUCGCUUUCUUGCUGAUGAAUUCAAUGGUGGAAACUGGUGCAACCCGUUCUUCACAAACACCAAGCCUUAUCUCAACUUGAGUGGUGAACACUUGAAAAACAAAUAUCACCUCAAGGUGAUCAUCGACAACGCAGGGUACGAAAGGGUCAAAAUGUCUGCUACCGAGAUUGUCAAGAUUAGCUCAGAAACAUUGAACUACUUGGGACCAGACAAUCAAGAGAAGUACUACAAUGAGCAGCUCCGUAACGGGCGUAAUGAGCAGAUCUUGCGAUUCAUCUACAAGUACUUACAUCAUGCCAGCUCCAUGCUUGAUUUACUAGAAUCCUUUGAUUUCACCGUUUUUUGUCUCAUCAAAAGGUCUUCCUCUGGUGAUAGCUUGGGAACUGAUGACAACACUACUGGAAACCUCACAUUCGACUAUCCCGUUGUUCUUGAGUAUUUCAAGGCUAAGCAGUUCUUCCACACUUUGUUAUCAAAAAUUAUCAUGUAUUCUCAGUCAUUGACCUUGGAUGACCCUGAUGUAUUCACGGCUAUGAAAGAGGAUGAUCCAAUCCUUUACAACAGAGAGACCAUAAAAGAUCCACUUGAGAGAUCUGCAAUGGUCUUGAGCAACAUUUUAAUGCAGCAGAAUAAGAUGAAGUCUCCAGAUGCAAUAACCCUUGACAAGGAUGAGGUGGUGUCUGAUUUGCUUCUAGAAGGUAUUGACUUCUGUGAACAUAUCACAGCGCUCGUGCAACAGCUUGUCGAAGAACGUGAGACAAUCUUGAACUACGCCACAAGAGUUAUGCAUGAUGACUUUAAUGUCCAGCUUCUUGUGAUUGAGAGAAACAACACCGCUGCCAGCGAGAAGAACGAGGACAGCGGUGCACAGUACUACAGUAGCAAAAAGGGUGACGAAGACACGCCAUGGUAUUUGGAAGGUGAUGAGGAAGGUGACUUGUUACUUGAUAUCAAGGGUAAUAUUAAGGGAGGAACAAAAGAAGCUCUUGUCGCUCACUUAACCAGACAUGAGUCUCUUGACAGCGGCUUCAUCUCUGUAUUUUUGAUUACGUUUGCCACAAUGAUGUCUAUCGGUGAAUUGAUCCAGACUCUCAUCAACAGAUUCAAUAUGGAUGCUCCUGAAGGGUUGAGCUAUGAAGAAUACUUGUCAUGGAAAUCGUUGAAGCAGAGCAAAGUACGCGCAAAGGUCUUGGACAUCAUGAAGUUACUUAUUGACGUCCACUGGUGUGAUUCCUUCUACAGCAUUACAGUGUUGCAACGUUGGUUGGCAUUUUCCCAGUUGCCCACUGUGAAGCGCUUCCCACCAACCACUAAGAGGCAUGAGUCCGCUGUGGUUCUUGGAAAGCCUCCAGCUCCUAUUCUCAAAGGAUUUUCUAUCAAGAAAUUGAAGCUUCAAGAUAUUGACUACAUUGAGUUUGCCAGGCAAAUUACCAUUCGAGAGUUCCUGUUGUUCUGCCAGAUCAAUAAACUUGCUUGUAUCAACAAGGUUUGGGGCAAGAAAUCAGGUCUUCAAGAAAGCAUAGAGCCCAUCACAAACUUCAUCAAAGCAUCAAACCAGUUGACAAAUUUUGUGGCAUACAUGAUCUUGAGGAAGGAAGAUGCAAAGAAAAGAGUCAGGUCUAUUCGUUACUUUGUGCAAGUUGCAGAGAAGUGUCGCCAAUACAACAACUUCUCCUCGAUGACAGCUAUUAUCUCGGCUCUCUACUCAUCACCCAUUCAUCGUCUCAAAAAGACAUGGGCGUUUGUUUCUCGUGACAUCUUGACCCAGCUUCAUAAUAUGAACCGACUCAUGAACUCAACCAGAAAUUUCAACGAGUAUAGAGAUGUUCUCAAGUUCAUUGGGUCUGAGCCAUGUGUUCCGUUCUUCGGAGUGUACUUGAGUGAUCUCACCUUCAUUUACCACGGAAACCCACAACACUUGUUGAAUCGUACUCGUAUGAUCAACUUUGCGAAAAGAGCUAAGACGGUUGAGAUUGUUGAGGGAAUUGACAGAUUCCAGAAGAUUGCCUACAAUUUCCAAAGCGUGGGUGAGAUUCAGAAGUACCUCGAUCUCUGGUUCGACAAGUGCCCUUCGAUCGAGGAACAGUAUCAGUUGUCAUUGAACCUUGAGCCUCGUGAGGUAAUUGACCGGAAAGUUUCAAAGAAGAAAACCGGAAAAGAUGAAAACAAUAUAAGACAGCUCAAGAAUGGAUCCAAUAUCUUGAACACGAAGACCCCAGACUCCCAAGACCUUCUACAACCAGAAGACGACAACGAAUCCAAAAAUGGCAGUCAAACCCAAUUGGUUCAAGAGGGUCAAUCCGAAGAUACAUCAGCACAGACAGCUUCCCCAAUUGCAACCUCAGGGCCUUUGAAAGACAUAGACAUGGAGCAGUUACCUCAGCUUGUUAGGGCCAAACUAAAGAAGUUUGUCAAAUAUGAAGAGAAAUAUCCUGUCUUAUUAGAUGCCUACAAAACUGAAAAGCGUAAGGGUGAAUUGGUUCUGUCUUUCGAGAAGGUGCUCAAGGAAUUCACCCCAGUUUCCCUGAUCGCAGACGCUGGAGAGAUUGUGGAAUACUUAAAGAGCAUACACGAUAAGACCAGUAUAACGGAGCAGGAGCUAAGGAAGAAGACAGCUGAGGUGACUCAAUUGACAAGACGCCUAGCUGAUGCUGACAAGACUGUGAGAUACACAGAGGAAGCGCUUGACAAGGCCCUGAAAGUUAAGGACAGUUUAUCAUCAGAGGUUGAGUCUCUCCGGCUGGAUCUCCUGAAUGCAACUCGUGAGGCUACUCCACAGGCAUCAGUAGGGGACUCUGAGCUUCAGAAGUCUAUUGAUGCACUCAAGGAACAGCUUGGAUCAGCGCAGACUAACUUGGAGGAUGCCACGGAAGAGAAGGAAAGACUUACAAAGGAUUUAGAGAAGUCGAACACUGAAUUGAGCUCUGUGCAAAAGGAGUUGGAUUCGUUAAAGAACGAUGGUGAUAGCAUAUCUGGACAAUUGAAAGAUCUGCAGCUUAAGCAUGAGACAUUGACUAAGGAACUCGAGUCAAUUAAACACGAGAAGGACACUCUUCAAAGCAAUUACAAAACAUUGGGAGAAGAAAAGAAUAUCCUUCAAGCGAGAGUUUCCGACUUGGAGAGCAAGAUUGCGGACACGGAAAAGCGAAUCGAGGAGAUUCAGAAGGAGAGAGAUGAUGCUCAAUCUAAGUCAGUUCAAGCCUCCAAAGGAGAAUCAGAAACGCAAUCUCAGCCCCGCUCUUCUGGAAAUAAAAAGAAGAAGAAUAAGAAGGCCAAGGCACAGUCAGCUUCCCCGGCACCUGAACCAGAGACGUCUGACGCAAAGAGUGGUGCUUCUGAGUUCAAGGCAAAGUUUGAGGAGCUCACACAGAAGUAUGAUGAUCUUGUUGCAGAGAAGGAGUCACUCGCAUCUGAACUCAGUGAAUCAAAGAAGUUGGUAGAGUCAAAGAAAGAGGAGAUUGAGACAUUGAACGAUAUGUUAAGAGAAACAGGCAAUGACUUGGUGGCCGCAAAAGACGACAUCAAACAAUUGAAGCUGGAUACCCCUCAAAAGAAGAACUCGAGAAUGGAAGAAUCGUCGAAGGAGCUUGACAAAAUCAGACGUGAGUCCGAAGAGAAAUCCGAGAAGUUGAAGGUUGAGCAUGCAGAGCAAGUUGAAAAGAUAAGGCAAGAAACGAUUGAGAGCCUGCAGCAGUCAUCAAAGGAGGAAAUCGAAACUCUUAGAUCAAACUCUGAGAAGGCAUCUGGCAUAAUUAAAGACUUGAAGGGACAACUUUCAAGAGCUAAAAAAGAUCUUGAUGAAUCCAAGAAAGAAAUAGAAAGCUUGAACCAGGAGAAGGCCAAAUUGAAUCAGCGAAUCGAUGAGCUUGCUAAGGCCAAAAGCGUCGAUUCAUCGUUGAAGCUCGAGAUAGCGUCAUUGCAGUCGUCUGUGUCGCAUAAGGAUGAACUUAUCAAGGACUUCAGAGAAGAGUCAGAGAAGAGAGCGAAAGAAAGAGACACGUUGAGGGCAACUAUUUCCCAGCUCGAAAACUCUAACUCUAGUUUGCAAGGUAGCAACAAGUCGCUUGUUCAAGAGAAAUCAGAUCUUAUCAAUAAGCAAGAGGUCACGAACCAACGCAUCAGCUCCCUAAACGCAGAACUUUCCAAACUACAAAUUAGCAGACAUGAAGUGGUAAACGAACUUGACGAGCUUAAAACGAAGUUUGACACGAUGGUGAAGACAAAGGCCAACUCCUCCGAUGAAGUUCAGUCAUACAAGCAGCAGUAUGAAGAGCUUAGUAUGAAAUCAAAGGAGGCGCAAAACAGAAUUGACACGUUGGAAGACGAGCUUUCUGAGGCCAAACUGAUGUUACAAGAGAGAACUCGUGAGUCAUCUACCAUAAGAAAGCUUCUCCUCGAGGCUGAAGAACGCAACAAUAUUGAGUGUGCUAAUCUCAAGAACGAUAUCAGAUCCAUCAAUGCCGAAAAGUCGGAGCUUGAGUCCUCUCUACAUGGUGCGCUCAAACAAAGACAACGUGAAAUCGAUGAAUUGAAGUCCUCCUUGUCGGAAUCAGCCAACAAAAUCAAGGAAUUGACGAACCAGAUUGAUGGCCUUAAGAAGAAGUAUGAGCCUUUACUCAAUGAGACUGCAAUCUCCCCAGAAGCAGCAAAGAAGACGAAGGAUUUGGAAAAUACGAUUGAGGAGUUACGAAGCUCCCUUCAGUCUUCCAGUGCCAAGGUCAAAGAGUACGAAAACAUGAAUCGCACGCUCAAGAAGUUGAACGAGGAAUCUUCUCUCAAGGUUGAGCGUCUCCUGCAAAAUUACAAGCACGUCACACAACAGUACCGCCAAAUGCAAAGUACAAAAGCUACCCCUCCCGAAUCCACCAGAAGUUCCUCCGAACUGCCUGUCGCUAAGUCUACUCCAGAUAAGGAUACAAACACUGCUUACCUCAAGAAUGUUCUUUUCGGGUUUUUCGAACACAAGGAGCAGCGCGAGCAGCUUUUGCCAGUGGUGAAGACACUUUUCCAGCUUGAUGAUUCUGAUGAAGCGAAACUCAUGAAUGCAUUGAAAUAA